AUGGGGUUGCUAUCGCUCGUGAAGCGGAGAAAUGCCGCCGCCAAAAGCGAUGCCCCGGCCGACACCGCCGACGCGCAGCCCGCCGCCCCUGCGGCCGCGGAGCAGCCGCCGCCAGCCGCCGCACCUGCUGAAGGAGCUGACGACGCGGUAGACUUGGUGCGCACGGCAUGCUUAGCGGCGAAGGCGGCGAAGGAGGAGGCGGGGGAGGCGGAGCACACGGUGCGCGUGCUGGGGCGCGCGUACGAGAGCGUGCACGAGGCGUACAGCAUGGGGCGCGAGCUGGGGCGCGGGCAGUACGGCGUGAUCCGCGCGUGCGUGGAGAAGGCGACGGGCGUGGCGUGGGCAUGCAAGAGCAUCAGCAAAGCGCGGCUGGCGGGCGCGCGCGAGGUGGAGGACGUGCGGCGGGAGGUGCGCGUGAUGCAGCAGCUGCGCGGCCACCCCGCCAUCGUGGCGCUGCACGCCACCUUCGAAGACCACCAG